UGACAGAAUUUUGUCACUAAUGCUUAUGUCAGGGAUUAUAAUGGUGGCCUGCAUGAUGGAAUUUUGUUGCUAAUGCUUAUGUCAGGGAUUAUAAUGGUGGCCUGCAUGAUGGAAUUUUGUUGCUAAUGCUUAUGUCAGGGAUUAUAAUGGUGGCCUGCAUGAUGGAAUUUUGUUGCUAAUGCUUAUGUCAGGGAUUAUAAUGGUGGCCUGCAUGAUGGAAUUUUGUUGCUAAUGCUUAUGUCAGGGAUUAUAAUGGUGGCCUGCAUGAUGGAAUUUUGUUGCUAAUGCUUAUGGCAGGGAUUAUAAUGGUGGCCUGCAUGAUGGAAUUUUGCUGCUUAUGCUUUUGUCAGGGAUUAUAAUGGUGGUUUGCAUGACGGAAUUUCUUUACUAAUGCUUAUGUCAGGGAUUAUAAUGGUGGUUUGCAUGAUGGAAUUUUGCUGCUUAUGCUUAUGUCAGGGGUUAUAAUGGUGGUUUGCAUGAUGGAAUUUUGUUGCUAAUGCUUACGUCAGGGAUUAUAAUGGUUGUCUGCAUGAUGGAAUUUUGUUGCUAAUGCUUAUGGCAGGGAUUAUAAUGGUGGUUUGCAUGAUGGAAUUUCUUUGUUAAUGCUUAUGUUAGGGAACAUAAUGGUGGUUUGCAUGAUAGAAUUUCUUUACUAAUGCUUAUGUCAGGGAUUAUAAUGGUGGUUUGCAUGAUGGAAUUUUGUUGCUAAUGCUUAUGUCAGGGAUUAUAAUGGUGGUUUGCAUGACAGAAUUUUGUUGCUAAUGCUUAUGGCAGGGAUUAUAAUGGUGGUCUGCAUGAUGGAAUUUUGUUGCUAAUGCUUAUGUUAGGGAUUAUAAUGGUGGUUUGCAUGAUGGAAUUGUGUUGCUUAUGCUUAUGUCAGGGAUUGUAAUGGUAGUUUGCAUGCCAUACUUUUUUGUAAAUGUUUAUUUCGGAGAAACAUGGUGGUUUUCGUGACAGAGUUACAUUGUUUAUGCUUAUUAUGGGGAAAAUAUUAGUGGUUUGCAUGACAGAAUUUCUCUGUAAAUGCUUAUUUCAGACAAACAUAUUGAUAUUGGUUGUUUGAACAUAUUCGUGGCUUGUAUGACAGAAUACCUUUGUAAAUGCUUACUUCAGAGAAAGAUAUUGGUGAGAUACGCACUGGCGAUUUUUAUGACAGCAAUGUAUUGUUACCCGGCUACAAUGACACAUCCGGAGAUUCACACCUGCCACCACCGCGAAGUCCAGGGAUAAUCAGCACUCAGAGUGCUUGGAGUGAGCUACUGAACAUAAACACUUGCAAUUCAAGACGAUCUUCGGAAGGAGGACUCAGUGACCUAUCACGCGUGUCCAAUGUCAGCAGUAGCCUGUCUGAACACCUAAGGAAUUUGGUUCGAGCUUUCUCAAGCCGUACAGAGAAGGUUAAAGAGUGCACGCUGCAGCCGCCAAGUCCCUCCUCGUUGUCCGACUACGCCGGCUCUGAUGCACUUUCGGCAAAUGCCCAAGCACAAAAGCAGAUGAAAUACUUGCAAAUCCGAAUAUUCGACAUGUUUGCAGCCAUUUCCGCCGAGCCUCAAUUUCGACGUCGGCUGGACUCGUUCCUGCCUGACCAACCGGAAGGGGAUACUAUCUCCGAGAUUGUGAGAAUUCGAAAUGAGUCCGAGGAGGAAGAAAAAAAGAAAUUUAAGCUGCCCAGGUGGAUCAGGAGAUUAAAAUUUCCGCAUGUUAUUGAACCUCAAAGUAAAUUAUAUUUACUGUGGCUAUUUAUAGUAACUUUGGCAUUCAUGUAUAAUGCGUGGGCAAUACCUCUCCGAGCUGCUUUCCCAUACCAAACCCCGGGUAACGUAAAGUACUGGCUGGCCUGUGACUAUGUUUGCGACUUUAUAUACAUCGUUGACAUACUACUAUUCAAAAUGAGAAUCAGUUUUCUCAACAGCGGACUUAAAGAGACACAUCGGUCAAAAACGAGGGCGAAUUAUAUGCAAAAGAAAAUGUUUAAAUUUGAUUGUCUGUCGUUACUCCCGCUGGAUCUGUUGUAUCUAAUUGAGAUGAAAGUGAAUCCAUGGUGCCGCUUACCAAGGGUGCUAAAGAUCCAGACAUUUUGGGAGUUUUAUUCGAGAUGUGAUCAUCUGGUACGAUCAGCCCACGCAGUGAGAAUUAUGAGAACAUUUACGUACAUGUUGUUUCUUAUCCACGUUGAAACGUGUGGGUACUAUGCCAUGUCAGUUUAUGAAGGACUUGGCGUGAAUGAAUGGGUUUAUAACGGAGAAGGGAAUGCCUACAUACGAUGUUUUUAUCUGGCAACAAAAACUGCAACAUCAAUAGGAAACAACCCGACUCCACAGAAUUCACCGGAAUACAUGUUUAUGACAGUCUACUGGGUAUCUGGGGUGUUUGUUUUCGCUCUUCUCAUUGGUCAGAUCAGAGAUAUCUUUGAUGCAUCAAACAUGGUAAAGACAACGUACAACCACAGAAUGGACCAGGCGUUGAAUUACGUGAAAAACAUGAAUGUUCCUAAAGAAACGCAAGACAGAGUUAGGACCUGGUUUAUUUAUAACUGGCAACAACAGAAAGUUAUUGACGAACGGUCGAUGAUGGACGCCUUGCCAAUGAAACUCCGUAAAGAUCUAGCUAUACAUGUUCAUUUUAAUACAUUGAGCAAGGUGAAGCUGUUCUCCGAUUGUGACAAGACGUUGCUCUAUGACCUUGUCUUAAAGCUUAAACCCAUCUUGUAUUUACCUGGAGACUACGUUUGUAAGAAGGGUGAAAUUGGAAAAGAGAUGUAUAUCGUCAGUCAAGGAAUUGUAGAAGUUGUAGGGGGUCCAAAUAAUUCACUUGUUCUUGCAACAUUGAGAGAAGGAUCUGUUUUUGGAGAAAUAAGUCUUCUUGCGAUGGCAGCUGAGGGGAACAGACGGACUGCGGACGUAAGGUGUAAAGGCUUCACUAACCUGUUUAUACUUUCAAAAGUUGAUUUUGAAAAUGCGAUGAAAGACUACCCCGAAGCUCACAAACUUCUAAAGAAAAGAGCAAAGAAACUGCUUCGUAUGAAUGCUAGAAUUGAAAGACAGAGUCAGUGUUCUGUGGAUCAGUCAAAGAUCAACGCUACAAAUAUCAUACACACACCGCCAGAAACCCCUAAACUCGUGCAGACAGUGCUACAGGUCAUGGACCCCGGAUCGACGCUUGUAAGAAAAUUAAGCUCGAGAAGAGGUAGUAAGAACAAUGGAGAAGUAUGGCCAUCAAAGAAUUCUGAAGCUCCAGAUGUAGCCGAUAACGGAGCUGACGAAACAUGCCCAGAUAUAAACAAUCGAGUCAAAUCUGUCACUCAGAGAGAUGAUGCUGAAGAUUUUUACGACAAAAUGCUGUCUGACCGAGACUGGUCAAAUGAACAAGUGAAAGUAGAAAACGAGGUACUAGCGAAAAUGGGAGGAACUAGCGGGAAGCAUAGACAGGAAGGCGAAAAGGAUAGUGGCGAAGCAAACGAUUUAAGAACCAACAAAAAGACGGAAGUGAAAGAUACUGGAAGCAGAGAAAAUUCGGGAGUGAAAAGUCCUGGUAACAGCUCACAGAAAAAGAAAACAAGCGACAGCAGUACGAGUAGUUCUGAUUCUGGUGUACGAGAUACCAAAGUGACGAGUCCUGGAUCUAGUACAGUACGGUCACUGAGCAAUAAAGAUAGUAAAGAUUCAUUUAACAGUGCCGAUUUAGCAGGGAUACUGGAAGACGACUCUGGAGAUAGUGACAGCACGGAACCUACAACAAAUCAAGAUCACAGUAUUAACUACACAGCAGAAAUGUUUGGAGAUAUAGAGGCACACCCAAGCCGAGUUAAAUCAGGGCGUAGUCGGCGAGCUAAGAAAACAUAUAGAGCAACUAGUGGUAAGAUGGGAGGAAGUUCUUGCCUGUUAAAACGAAAUGAUGAAUACGCCAAAGCAUUUGCAAACGGAUUUACAAUUAUUAUAGACUCUGUAGAUGACAAGGAAAAUUAUUCAAGAGAUUGUUUCUCACCGGAAUCGUCAGACUCGGGUGAAGAUGAUACUUUUGAUUGUGAUGAUUUGUUAGAAGACAGUGAUGAUAAUGAUCAGAAAGAACAAAUAGUUAAAACAGUUACUUUUGAAGAUAGGCCUACGAAAGAAAAUGUUGAUACAGAUACUACUAAAAUUGUAAAGAAUAAACCAUCGAGUGCUCCAUUACCGAAGACAACAAGUGUUUAUACAAAGAAAUCCACAAAGCCAGUGGCUAAACCAGUCUCAGCAGGAGUGAGUAAGCCAUGUAUUCAAAGUAAGAAUAAACUUGGUUUAAAAUUAAAAAUAGAAAAUGAAAAGACCCCUGAUUUUACACCAUAUUUAAAAUCUUCAACUGGUAGAGGAAAAUCACAGACAAACAAAGCUCGACAGCAAUAUAACAUGUCUAAACAAAAGAAUAACAGCAAAAAUACAUCAAACGGUACAAAACCAGUGUCGGGACUGGCUGAUAGAACUCGAACUGACAAAAAGAACGGAAGUACAGUUACUAAGGUUACUAAGGACACAUCACCACUGGAAGUAGAAAGAACAAAUUCCGGCGGAAGUACAAGAAGUAUUGCUGUAGCGGAAGCGGAUGACAGUCAUUCUGUCAAUAAUGUUGAAACUUGUUCCCAGUCUCCAAAUCAAGUCACGUGUUUUGCUGAUGUGCAUCGAGAAAAGACGAUGUCGGCAAAUUCGACUCAAGAGGAAAUGGUGACGUUGUUUUCUCCCGAUAUGGUAGCAUCCGGAAGACAGCGCAAAAUAAGUGUUAUAUCUAUUGGUUCUGUCUUAAAAGACAGUAGGGAAACACUAGUCUAAAGUUAAACACAUGUACCUGCCAAAUAUGUAUCUGAUUUCAAUAUAAAUGAAUACCGGGUGCAUUUUAUUUUCAGUACUUUUUAAUUUCAGUAUUUGUUUCGGUUUCUUGAAGUGUUCAUUCUCUCCUUCUUGAAAGAGAUCUUACGACCAAAUUUAAUAUUUGAAAACAAACAAAAACAACUACAGAGCAUAUAUGUAACAACGCAAUAACAGGGUUGCAUGUACCGGUAUUACACAUUAUUGUGUGUUACAUUAAAAAUAGUACAGUUAUUUAUAAAUUUGUAACUAGCCAUGAUGUUGAUCUGUACAAGGACGAAAAACUAGCAUUUUUAGCAAAUGGUUUUUAUAACAUGGCAAUAAAUUGUGAAUUCAGCUGCUGACAUACAUUUGCUUUUGUGACCACCCUUCGUCCGUCUUCAGUCCGUCCAUCCGUGCGUCGUCCGUCAACAAUUUCUUGUCUGCACGAUAUUGGUUUCAUUAAUGAUUUUAUUUUAACCAAACUUGCACACAACUUGUAUCACCAUAAGAUCUUGGUUCCUUUCUUUAACUGGCCAGAUCCCGUUAAGGGUUCCAAAGUUAUGGCCCCCUAAAAGGGCCAGAAUUAGCUAUUUUGACCUUGUCUGCACAAUAGCAGCUUCAUUUUUAAUUUGACUUUAAUCAAACUUGCACAAAACUUGUGUCACCAUAAGAUCUCGGUUCCUUACUUGAAUCGGCCAGAUCCCAUAAUGGGUUCCAGAGUUAUGGCCCCUGAUAGGGCCAGAAUUAGCUAUUUUGACAUUGUCUGCACAAUAGCAGCUUCAUUUAUGAUUUGAAUUUAAUCAAACUUGCACAAAACUUGUGUCACCAUAAGAUCUUGGUUCUUUUCUUGAACCGGCCGGAUCCCAUAAUGGGUUCCAGAGUUAUGGCCCCUGAAAGGGCCAAAAUUAGCUAUUUUGACAUUGUUAGCAGCUUUAUCUAUGAUUUGAUUUUAACCAAACUUGCACACGACUUGUAUCACCAUAAGAUCUCGAUUCCUUUAUAAACACCCGAAGGGACGUAUUAUGUUAUCGCCUCGGUGUCCGUCUGUCUGUUUGUCUGUUGGUUAGCAAUUUCCCUUCCGCUCUGUAACUCUUGAACCCCUUGAAGGAUUUCAAAGAAACCUGACACAAAUGUUCACCUUAUCGAAACGACGUGCAGAGGUCAAGGUCACACUUAGGGGUCAAAGGUCAUAUGACUUUGUUUUGUGUGUACAUUGCUCUGCAUUUGCGUUGCAUUGUAGUGCUCUUGUUUUUAUUUGGCAGAUCCUUCCUUUGUUCACUUACAAUAUUUUUUUUAAUGACUUCCUUUUUACGUUACUUUAAAUAGCUUAUUUUUAGUAACUUUUUUAUUAUUGACCGUAGGGAAAAAUCGAGACCACUUUUCUGAGGUAUUAUAUGGAUGGUACCUCCAAUUUUAGGUGUAUUUUGACAUAUCUGUACCUUGUAAGAAUAUUUUUUCUUUUUGGUUAAAUUUCUUCCAUUUGUUGUUCCUGUCCUUUGGACUUAGAUAUUUUUUUCUGGGGACCUUCUUGCCCUUAAGUGCAAUGAUAACAGGUGAGCGAUAUAGGGCCAUUAUGUUAUAUUUAGUCAAGUUAAAUAUCUACUUUUUAAGUAAGUGUGAAACUAGUGAAAUAUGUGCGUAGUAUUUCGCUACACUUUACUGAAUAAGGUCACUUAAACUCGCAUGCUAUAACCUUUCUAAUUUCCACAAAAUAAGCUUUUUGACUAAAACAGACAUAGACUGGACGUUUUAUGUGAAGCUUGCCAUGAGAUAAAAGCAUGAGAGAAAAGCAUGAGAGAAAAGCUCAUAUUGAUUAUUACACGACCAUUAUAACUAUUUGAGUAUUUAAUUUUGGUAUAGGUUAAGAUAUUCAAGAGGAAAUGGUGAUGAACUUUAAUGCAAUUACUAUUCAAAUAAAAAUACGAAAGACUUGGGACGCCGAUACCUUGGCAGUCUUAAAAACAUUUACGUACAAAAAUGUUUUGCUGAUUUACUGACAUAUGAUAUUAAAGCAACUUAUAUGAUAAAAAGUGUAAGUAUCGUAAGUGGUUUUCCUCAAAUUAUAACUAGCCGUAGUAUUUAAAUGUGCUUGGUUGGAAACAACUAAAAUUAAGUAGAACAUUAUCAUUAUAUUAUAAUAUAUGUAAGCAUUAGAAAUGCAGGUCAAAUGUAUGUAAAGGUUGUUAAGUUUGUUUUUGUGAAUAAAAAUGAAAACACGU